ACAUAUAAAUUAUUGCGCACUUUUGGUGUCCAUUGUCCAAAGGUUACAGGUUCUCACAGAUAAAAUCUCGAGGAACUCUAGAACCGGCAUCAGCUGAUUUCUGUUUCAAUCAAAGUCUGUGAUCAUGGCUGGCGUCUUGAGGAAAUUAGCCAUUAAUGCUACUCGUACUAGUGUUGCAACUGGUGGAUUGUGGCGCCACCUGUCUACAUCACAUCAGCGUCUGGCAGCUGCAGUUACUCAGGCAGCUCCUCCUUUUAAAGCACCAGCUGUUGUAGAUGGACAAUUCAAGGAAAUAUCACUCGAUGAUUACAAAGGGAAAUACCUUGUUUUGUUUUUCUAUCCAUUAGAUUUUACGUUUGUAUGCCCAACUGAGUUAAUUGCAUUUAGUGAAAAGGCUGCAGCUUUUCACUUUAAAUGUGAAAUAGUUGGUGUAUCUACUGACUCCCAUUUUUCACAUUUAGCGUGGAUAAAUAUGCCAAGAAAGCAAGGUGGCCUUGGAGGACUGAACUAUCCACUGUUGGCUGAUUUUAAUAAGACCAUUUCUCGUGAUUAUGGAGUUUUAUUGGAGGAUGCUGGUAUUGCGUUGCGUGGUCUCUUUUUGAUUGAUCCUGAAGGUGUUGUGAAACACAUGAGUGUCAAUGACUUGCCUGUUGGUCGCUCUGUGGAGGAGACGUUACGAUUGCUUAAAGCCUUCCAGUUUGUUGAAGAGCAUGGUGAAGUGUGCCCAGCUAGUUGGCAGCCAGAUUCCCCAACAAUCAAGCCAACUCCAACAGACUCUCUCGAGUAUUUUGAGAAGGUCAAUUAAAUAUGUACUUCAUUCAUUUAGUUCUUCAUCCUUCUGGUUUUGAUCAAGUGAUGUUUUCUGUUUGAGAGUACAUCAUUGCUGGGUGAUAAUUUUAAGUUGUUUUGUUAGGGAUUUUAAGAAUUUAAUUCUCACUUUGCAUCUUUUGAAUAUAAAACGUAUUCCUCUUAA